AUGUGGGCACCCGCGGGGCCGUCAUGGCUAGCGGAGCACCAGCCAAUGUUACCACCACCACCUGCAAAUAUUGUUCCCACCCAAUCAUCAAUCGACUACAGUCCGCCCACGAAAUGGCCUAGGGCUACGACCCCUAUUGAUUCACGACCGACAGACUCCUUACAAUUAGGUACUUCUGCUGACUCAGGUCUUGGUCUGAGCUUGUCAUUCAACAGUCCACCAAUAGUCAACAAUAGGGUAGAUCAAUAUAGAAUGUCUCCCGGGUUGAGGACUCCGACUUCGCGACCAGGGAUUCAUCUGAGCGCCACUCCCUCGCCUUUUAGAUCGUUUCGACUAUCUUUCGCCUCGCCAACUUUUAGCGAUCGAGCGCUAAGGCUUUCUAAUUCCGAAAAUGUAGUUGGAUUCCGUAUCCGUGGUGGUUCUAUUGAAAAACCGCGGCGGAUAUAUGAAAUGGCAGGCACACAUGAUUUCCCAGUGUUAAACACACCAGUCAACAGGUGCUUGCAAAUGCCUUCGACCAGUGAUGACUGUAGUCCUGACAAAACCUUGCCUAUGUUUAUGGGAGAUAUAUUUGAUCCACAAGAAAUUGAAAGCAGCAUGGCAGACGACUCUGGGCUGUUUGGAAUCGAUGUCAAUCUCCAGGCAACUUCUACACCGCUUCCACAUUCUCCAGAACCUUUCCUCAGUUCCGGCCCAUCGAUUCCUCCUGUGCAUAAUCCAUAUGCAGAUGUGGGCAUGGCACCAGUCAAACCCGGUUCGCCAAUUCUAGUGACGAAGAAUUCACCGCCAACCCCGUCGUCUUUCAAACGUGCAAUGCGGGAUGUACAACGUCAAGGGAUACUUCAACCCAGGAAGCUUUUGACGGAUAACAUCAUUCUUCCUCCACCUGCUCCGUCAACUGCUGUGGAACCAAUUCAUGUACAACACUGUGCAAAACCCCAAGUGAAUGAAAUUAAAGAAACAGUCAAGCGGAAACGAGAAUCUUCACUCUCCGAUUGUUUCGAGGUGCCAAAAAAGCCAUUGAAGCCGUACUCUCGCCGGUGGAUGCGACUGGUGACCGGAGGAACCCGCAGCCAACGAGAUAUGACCGCGGCUGCCCAUGCUUUCCUUGAUCGUUUACCUCGAUUCAAGGAUAGCUGGUGA